GAUAAUAGGAGCAGCACCAAAAUAUAAAUUUGGGAAAUCCGUUAUUCUUGCAGUCAUCAUUGUGUUGUUCGAGAGAAAAAUCAUAAUGAGGUUUCUAAUUAUCCUGACUUCCCUGGUUUUGGCAAUUAACGCCGCAACUGACAAGGAGUUGUGGUUGGAAUUCAAAAAAACUCAUGGGAAAGACUAUAGAAACAUAAGGGAAGAGCAAGUCCGAUUCUCGGUUUUCCAACAGAACCUACGAAGUAUCGAAGAACAUAACGAGAAGUACCACAAGGGCGAAAAAAGUUAUUAUCUAGGAGUGACACAAUAUUCCGAUUUAUCCAAGGAAGAAUUCCUCUCAAUGUUGAACUACAGCAGAGUGGCAAAACCCUCUGAAGAUAAACCAGGCCUCUCGCACCAAGUAGCCGACGUAGUAGUUCCCACUGAGGUGAAUUGGGUGACCCAGGGAGCCGUGACGGAGGUGAAGAAUCAAGGAAACUGUGGCUCGUGCUGGGCUUUCAGUACCACUGGUGCCUUAGAAGGAGCCUACGCCAUCAAAUACGGCACCAAGGUGUCCCUCAGCGAGCAAAACCUUAUGGACUGCUCCAUAAGAUACGGCAACUCAGGGUGUAACGGUGGAGUGAUGCAGUUUGCUUACACCUACGUUCGAGACUACGGAAUUGAACAGGAAUUCGACUAUCCCUAUUCGGGAUAUCUGGGAGCCUGCAGGUUUUCCAAUUCGCUUAGCGUCUUGAAGGUUUGGCAGUACAUGUCUAUACCAGCUGGCGACGAAAUAGCCUUACAGAAUGCAGUCGCUACCGCUGGACCUGUGUCGGUAGCGGUAAACGCUGACUACUUCCAGCAGUACGCUGGAGGUAUUUUCAGCGAACCCUAUUGCACAGGCGACCUCAACCACGGAGUCCUGGUGGUCGGAUACGGAGAAGAGUACGGAAGUACCUACUGGUUGGUAAAGAAUUCUUGGGGACCGUCUUGGGGAGAGGGUGGAUAUAUUAAGAUAGCUAAAAAUAGUGGGAAUGAAUGUGGAAUAGCUACCGACGCCACGUAUCCAAUUUUGCGCUGAUUUUUUGAAAUUUUGUUGUAUUUAUUUGUAAAUGUUAGAUAUGUGUUUAGAAAAAUAAAAUUAGUUUAGAAAACACA